CUCUGCAUCCUGAAGGGGAUUUACCCCCACGAGCCCAAGCACAAGAAGAAGGUGAACAAAGGCUCCACCGCAGCCAGGACCUUCUACCUCCUCAAGGAUAUCAAAUUCCUCCUUCACGAGCCCAUCGUCAACAAGUUCCGGGAGUAUAAGGUGUUUGUCCGGAAGCUCCGGAAGGCGUACGGGAAGAGCGAGUGGAGCACCGUAGACCGGCUGAAGGACAACAAGCCCAGCUACAAGCUCGACCACAUCGUGAAGGAGAGGUACCCAACCUUCAUAGACGCGCUGCGGGACCUGGACGAUGCCCUCUCCAUGUGCUUCCUCUUCUCUACCUUCCCGCGGACGGGCAAGUGCCAUGUCCAGACCAUCCAGCUCUGCCGGCGCCUGGCCGUGGAGUUCCUCAACUACGUCAUCGCCUCCCGCUCCCUGCGCAAGGUCUUCCUCUCCAUCAAGGGCAUCUACUACCAGGCCGAGGUGCUGGGGCAGCCCGUCACCUGGAUCACCCCUUACACCUUCGCCCACGAUCACCCCACAGAUGUGGAUUACCGUGUGAUGGCCACCUUCACCGAGUUUUACACCACCCUGCUGGGCUUCGUCAACUUUCGCCUCUACCACUCCCUCAACCUGCUCUACCCCCCCAAGAUUGAUGGCCAGGCUGAUGUUGAGCUGAAGCCGGCAGAGGGCAAGGAUUACGCCAUGGAUUCGGAGAGCUACCUGGAGAAACUGUCGGCUCUGAGUGCCAGCCUGGCCCGUGUGGUGGCACCAACCCACGAGGACGAGGUGGAGAUGGAUGAGUUCCCGGUGGAGGGGGAGACUGCAGAGCAGAUGGACACAAGGAAGAAGGAGCAGGAGGCCCUGGAGAAGCACAAAAAGCUGUUUGAAGGGCUGCGCUUCUUCCUCAACAGGGAGGUGCCGCGAGAGCCACUGGCCUUCGUCAUCCGGUCCUUUGGUGGCCAGGUCUCCUGGGACAAGUCCCUGUGCAUUGGUGCCACCUACGAUGUGAGCGACCCCUCCAUCACCCACCAGAUUGUUGACCGGCCCCGGGUGGAGCAGCAGGUUGUUGGCAGGUAUUACCUGCAGCCUCAGUGGGUUUUCGACUCCGUCAAUGCCAAGCUGUGCCUCCCCGUGGCCGACUAUUUCCCUGGCGUGCUGCUGCCCCCGCACCUCUCGCCCUUCGUGACGGAGCAGGAAGGAGACUACGUCCCUCCUGAGAAGCUGAAGCUGCUGGCCAUGCAGAGGGGCGAGAACCCAGAUGAAGAGAGCGAGGAGGAGGAGGAAGAAGAGGAGGAAGAGGAGGAUGACAAUGACAAAGAAGAGGAGGAGGAGGAAGACGAGUCUGAAAAGGAAGAGGAGAUGAAGUUAAAGAAGAUGGAAGAGCAGAAGACUCAGAGCGACAAGCUCCCGGUGAGGGUGACCGCGGGCAAGCGGCGGCUGGAGGACAGGCAGCGCCUGGAGCAGGAGCAGCAAAGCGAGGAGAAACGUCUUGCCAUCAUGAUGAUGAAGAAAAGGGAGAAAUACCUCUACAAGAAGAUCAUGUUUGGCAAGAAGCGGAAAGUCCGAGAGGCGAACAAACUCGCUGCGAAGAGGAAAGCCCACGACACUGCCCUCAAAGAGGAGAAAAAGAAAAGCAAGAAGGCGCGAAGAGCGUGA